AUGCAUCAGCAGCAGCAGCAGCAGCACCAACAACAGCAGCAACAAAGCUUGCGGCACUACAGUAGCUCCCAAAUACAGCAGCAUCAAUUACAUCAACAGCAGCAGCAGCAGCUGUUGCUUCAACAGCAAUAUCAGCAGCACCAGCAUCAGCACCCAUCAUCAGCGCACCAUCAGCAUUCCUCGCCAAUGGCACCAUCAUCGAUGACGCACCACAAUAGCAACUAUCACCCGCACAGUAGUCACCUUCUACACCGGCAGCAGAACCAAUCCCAGCAACAACCACCCCAUCCAUACACCAUGGAAGCACUGCUCAAUUAA